GAUUUUCCUGAUCGAUUUCUGGUACAUGAACGUUUUGACCCACAAAAGGCCUUGCAAACGACCGGACUGAGAUAACUGUGACCGGGUCCAUUGUUUCGAGAUUUUCUGAUAAAGCUGUUGGUAGCCUGAACAGCAGAAUGGCUGACCGACCACCGGAGGCAAAAAAGGCAAAAAUGGCAAAUGAGCAGACGCAGCAGACGGCUAGCCUGACAGAGAUAAAGUCCAUCUUAUCAGACGACUACACGGGCGAGAUUGAGCUUGUGGAUGUUUAUGUUGGACGGAUCGGCCAUUCGCGUCACACUUCUAAAUUAAUUAUGGACCUGAAUAAAUGUCUGCCGUUUUCAAGGCUCCAACAUCUGAAACGGGUUAGCUGCGACGGUAUGAUCAUUUUGGCGGAAGUCGAUGAGCUUGAAAAACUGAUCAAGCAUGAAGAAAAUCCCGAUCGAAAGGGGUCUAUUAGCGACGAUUCGAAGGAGAAAUCAAUUCUGCGGAGCAAAGUUGCAGAGUAUUUCAAAGCGAAUAAUGUCGAUGAAAAUAUGUUUCAACAUUUAUGUGACAGUUUAACAAUCCGUAAGAUGGUCAGAUCUGGUCCCAAACUAACAUGGCAGUACGAGCAAGCUAAACAGUAUUGGCCUUGUAAAUUUCACCCAGAUAAAUAUUUGGAAAGCCUAUACUCGAAUUCAAUAUUCACUGGCGAAGAAAAGGCCUUUCAUUUGGAAAUAAUGUCAGCCUGCCUCUAUCUAUCGCACCAUUUUUCCGAGACGUCAUUCGGCAUAUGUGUUAAUCCGAAACUCAAACGAAUCGUCGCCAUCGGAUCAGAUAACAGUGCCCAGCAUCCACUGAUGCAUUGCCCUAUGGUGUUAAUUGACAAUGUGGCCGUAUCGCAAAACGGAGGUGUUUGGAGAUCGAAAAAACAAGAACCGAUCACCGACGACGAUGGUUUGAUCACGGAUGGAAUCGACUCCCAUUUGAUGGACAUUUUAAAGGAAAAGUUUGGCCGUUUGAAAUUCGGGGCGAGUCCACCGAAAACAUCGGUCAACCUACAGGAGCUAUCGCCCCAUGAAGAUAAUUUGGACAAGUACGGACCCUACCUCUGUACCGGAUAUGUCGUUUAUCUCUCACACGAGCCUUGCAUAAUGUGUGCCAUGGCGCUGACGCACAGCCGCGUGAAACGUGUUUUCUAUCACAAGAAAACGUCUUUUGGGGCUUUGGGAUCGAUAACGAAAGUGCAUUGUACACGUGGUUUGAACCAUCAUUAUGAAGCGUUUCAUGUGACGUAACGAAACUUUUGCUGUCUACCAAUAUAAUUCAAUUUGAUCA